CGUUGGGGGGUGUUGACUUUCACAUGACAUUGACGCUCUGGAAAUGUUGAGUAGCUGCUGAUCUCAGACAGUCGUUGCUCGGUGGAUUCAGCACCACUCGCCCGUGGACAGCUCCCGCAGGACCGCUUUACAUGGACAGAACACUCAUUUAUGUGCCAAGUCAUACUGGAAGUUUACAACUUGGAGAGGAAUCUACGGAUACCUCACUGCAUGACACACGGGCAUAUUGCUUUUGGGAAAGAAUCCAAAAUCACUCGGACUGCCUUUACGGGGGAAAACAAUGAUUUCGUGUGAUUCGGUGUCUUCAGGUUAACUGAAACUGUGUCGGGUUCGAUCAUCGGGUGUUUGUGUGGAUCUCUGCUGCUGUCUGAAAUCAGAGACAUGGCGACAAACAACACCAAAAGCACCGAUGGACAAGUUGUGACGGAACUCAACGAGAUCACAACUAACGACAAACCCAAAGCAGAGGACGCCAAACCAGAGAAAAAGAAGAAAGACAUUCCAGACAGAGAAACUUGGGUUGGGAAAUUUGAUUUUCUCCUGUCAUGUGUGGGCUACGCCAUCGGACUGGGCAACGUGUGGAGAUUUCCUUAUCUGUGCGGGAAAAACGGCGGAGGGGCUUUCUUGAUUCCUUAUUUUUUGACGCUAAUUUUUGCGGGAGUUCCUCUAUUUUUUCUUGAAUGCGCUCUUGGACAGUACACAUCCAUUGGCGGCCUUGGGGUUUGGAAACUAGCUCCGAUGUUCAAAGGUGUUGGUCUUGCGGCUGCUGUUCUCUCAUUCUGGCUGAACAUUUACUACAUUGUCAUCAUUGCCUGGGCCAUAUACUACUUAUACAACUCCUUUACCACUGAGCUUCCAUGGAAAACUUGUAACAAUCCAUGGAACACAGACCGAUGCUAUACAAACUACAGCAUAGUAGACACCACCAAUCUCACCAGCGCUGUCAUGGAGUUUUGGGAACGCAAUAUGCAUCAAAUGACUGAUGGCUUAGAAAAACCUGGUGAAAUUCGUGUGCCACUUGCAAUAACACUGGCCAUUGCCUGGGUCCUCGUGUACUUCUGUAUCUGGAAAGGUGUUAGCUGGACUGGAAAGGUUGUUUACUUCUCUGCCACCUACCCAUACUUCAUGUUGUUCAUUUUGUUUAUCCGUGGAGUGACCCUGCCUGGGGCUAAAGAGGGAAUCAUGUUCUAUGUCACUCCAGAUUUUGAGAAGCUGAAGGAGUCUGAGGUUUGGCUGGAUGCUGCAACGCAGAUUUUCUUUUCCUAUGGUUUGGGUCUAGGCUCUCUUAUUGCUCUGGGCAGCUACAACCCUUUCAAUAACAAUGUGUACAGGGAUUCUAUCAUCGUGUGCUGUAUAAAUUCCUUCACUAGUAUGUUUGCUGGAUUUGUGAUUUUCUCUAUUGUGGGCUUCAUGGCACAUGUGACAAAGAGACCAAUAGCUGAUGUAGCAGCAUCAGGUCCUGGUUUGGCAUUUUUAGCUUAUCCAGAAGCUGUGACGCAGUUGCCUGUCUCACCACUGUGGGCUAUUCUCUUCUUCUCGAUGCUGUUGAUGCUGGGAAUUGACAGUCAGUUCUGCACAGUGGAGGGCUUCAUCACUGCUCUGGUGGAUGAAUUCCCAAGGCUGCUCAGGAGAAGAAGAGAGAUUUUCAUUGCAUGUGUUUGCAUUGUGUCCUAUGCCAUUGGGCUGUCCAAUAUCACACAGGGUGGCCUCUAUGUGUUUAAACUCUUCGACUAUUACUCAGCCAGUGGAAUGUGUCUGCUCUUCCUGGUGUUCUUUGAGUGUAUCUCAAUCUCCUGGUGCUAUGGUGUAAACAAGUUUUAUGAUAACAUCCAGGAAAUGAUUGGAUACAAGCCUUGUCUAUGGUGGAAACUGUGCUGGGUUUUCUUCACCCCUUUAAUUGUUGCUGGCGUGUUCCUCUUCAGCGCGGUGCAAAUGGUUCCUCUUACAAUGAACAACUAUGUGUUCCCCAAAUGGGGGCAAGGAGUGGGCUGGCUCAUGGCUCUAUCCUCUAUGGUUCUCAUACCUGGUUAUAUGGGCUACAUGUUCCUCACCCUGAAGGGUACAUAUAAGGAGCGGAUCAGGAUAAUGCUGCAGCCUGCAGCAGUCAAGCGUGCUCAGGAGAACGGGCCAGAGCAACAGCAGCUGCAGACGCAGCCGCAGCAACCAGAGCAAUCACCGCAGCAACAACAAUCACCACAACAACCGCAACAACCAGACCAAGCACCACAGCAACCGCAAUCACCACAAUCACCACAAUCACCACAGCAACCGCAACAACCACCGCAGCCGCAGCCACAGCCGCAGUCGCAGCCGCAAUCUCAGCCUCAGCCGCAGCCACAGGUGCAGGCUGAUAGUUCUUCUCCAACUAACCCUGGCAAUGAUGCCAACAUCUAAAACCAGUAGAAAUGAACCCCAGCAGAAAGCAAUCAAAGAUUAACAACACAGAAGACUUCCAUGUUUAUACAGUAAUAGAAUCAUCUACCUCCAGGGGUCAUACAUAAUCAAGCUAAACAUGAAAAAAGCAAAAGUAAAAAACAAAAAAAAAACAAAAAAAAACAUACACAUAUAUAUAUAUAUAAAAAAAGAAAAACGCAAACACAAAAACACUUGCAUUUGAAAAACUUACACAAAUUAUGUAAGCUUUCCAAAUGUAAAGCAAAGAGUGUCAGUGUUAAAUGACUUGUACUAUGUAUUAUGUGAAUUUGUCUCUACUAAGGUUAUACUGUGAGUUAGAUUUAAGGACAGUGCAUUGUUUUGCAAUGCAUAAGCUAUUUAUGUGAGGUAUGUAUUGUUUCUAUGUUUUACUGGGGACAAAGCGGGAAUCCACGAGUAUCAGUGGGCGAGAUUAUGUUACAUUCUGGGUCAUUUGGGAAAACCGAGGUGUAUCACGCAAGCCCUGUGUCUGAAGCACAAAGAAUUUCUAAUCGGUAGAGCCCUUGGGUGACCCGUUACGUGUUCUUGCAUAUUUUUGUUGAGAGAGACUGUUACUAUUUAAUUUUUCUUUUCUGAGAUACAAAAAAAAGAGAAAAUACUUGUAUGUGAUUAAAACAUUUUUAGAAUUAUUUUUAGAAUGCUUUGUACUUUAACGUUGAGACCAAGGACCAAAAUCAUAGACUUAAGCAAAAACAAAUCUAUGCCUGCCAGUGUGUAGUUUGUAAAGCACAGGGUACAAAAAUACUGAAAAUGAAAACAUCGCAAAACACAGGGUGAACAUUUUUGCUGAUUAUUAUACAGAUUAUUGAUGAGUACUGUCAAUUCAGUGUUCUGUUUACAUGUCCCCUCAGGAAUAUCCAAAAAAGAAAAAAGAAAAAAAAAAAAAUAAGAAAAAAAAAAUCUCAGAUAUGUCUCUGACCCUGAGUGCAUAUCUGCUCCUUAAGCCUGUGAUUAAUGUAGUCGUGAUUUGCAUGACCAUUAGUUACUUCAUGUGCCAAAAUGUUGAAUAGGUGCAGUGCUAAAACAAAACAGAAACGCACACACAAACUGGCCACUCGAUGACAAUGGUUUACACUACUUGACUGUGCCAUGCUUGAAAAAGUAUACUAAAUAUUUAUAUGGUAUAAUAGUUAUACCGUAUUUGAAGUAAGUAGCACAAACUAUAAUACGCAAGGGUGUUUUGGCCCUUUUUUCCCCCCAGAAAGCACAAAACUUAAAAGUACAGAGACUUCUCUAGCGCUAUAGGGCAAUGAUGUGGUGACAGUUUGCGUCAAAGGCAGCUACAUGUGAAAAGCGUUCGGUCACGUUAAACAUGUUUACUAAGAGGAGAUACGUACCUACAUAAAAUGUGAAAUGGCUAUGUCCUUUGAAUUUUGUACAAAGUUAUUUUACUGCCGUUUUAUCUGGAACUCUCUUGUAAAAUCGUACUGUGUAAAACAUGUAACCGUGAAUGUCUGUACUCCAUUAUUAAGUUUUUGUCUAAAUGUUGACAUAUUUGAAAAACAAUUGCUGUUUUCUGCAAUAAUAUUUUGAUCUCUGAAGCACAUAUCUAAUGGAAAUUAUGAGUGAAGAUGAUUAUAAAAAGGAUUAUAAAAGAAAUAGAAUUUAUGUCUCGUAAGAAAUACUAUUGUUUUGUAUAUUUUUAACUGUUACACUGCCUAAAAUUAUAACAUAGGACAUGUAUUUAAAUGGUGUCAUACAAAAAAAGCACGAUUGUUAUGUAAAAUGUAUGAAUAAACAGAAAAUAUUCGUAGUCUAUAA